AUGCCGGUCAUUAUAAAUAUACAGACUCCCUACAGCCGUGUCUCUCCAUCGUCCAGCCCAUCAGGAGCAGAGGCCGCUCACAAACUGUCCGAUUGCUCCGCUUAUCCGUUAUUGCGCUCACCGCCUUUGCUGUCACUAGCUCCGCGCUUCGGGACGUUUCCAGGUCUCGACGGUCGUUCCGGUUCUGAACAAGCGUUUUUCAUGGAUAUUAUAGCAGCUUCGGUACCUCUCCGCGCGAAACAUAUCCGCAUUCAGGCUUUCUUUGUUGAUUUUCAUCGCCUGAUCCAAGAAAAUUUGAAACAGAUUGAAAAUCAACGUCCGCCACGCACAAGUCUAAAGUUGAUCACCCCGAGUAAACAGCAAAGUAGCAAAAUCCCGCCCGCAGGCAAGCGUGAGCUUAAAGAGGCCCAGGUUGAGGUCGUUCAGCCCGGCUCAACGAUCAACGUCAACAGGACGUAUCAACAAGCCCCUCAACAAGGAGGGUGGGUGCAGUGGUGCAGUGGUUGCCGGAGAGCCAGCGAGCUUGGGGUGGCCUCGUCCACAGGCGCCUUGGCACCGAGCGCACCGGGCCCCGGGGCUGCGGUGGUGGGUUGCCUGGUUGGGGUGUACCCGUGUUCUCCCUCCUCCACGGGGCCCAGGGGCCCCCUAAAUCAUCAUCUCCAGGCUAUUCCAAACCAACAACAGCCGAUCGGCUGCCGUGCCUGUUGCUGCGUGCAUAGCAAUCACCAGCCAACUUCGGUCCAACUUACCAGUCAGCGGGGCGGUCUAUCGCUGAGGGUAGCGAGGGUGGCGUCCACCACCUCCGUCCGAGCCGCCCCCUACGCCCAACCCCAGCACCAGGGGCUGGGGCAGGAGUGCAGGUGUAGGGAGGAGACGGGGGCAUUGGGUGGAGGUGGUGCGCACAUCCUCGGCAGCCCGAUGCUGUUCGUCCCGUUCACGGUACCCACCUUCCCUGCGACGCAUCAUCAGACGACUCAUCCUGCGCAUCAGUCACAUCAUCAACAACUGCAGGCCAACACCCAGAAUCCGGUGCAGCAGCCGCAGCAGCUCACGCAGCUGAAUCAGCUGAGUCAUCUGAAUCAUCAGGGCAUCGUACCGGCGACGACCAAUCAGCCGACUGUACACAGCACCAGCUGUUCGCCGCAGCAGCAAGCAACGACACCGAAUAAGGAGAUGAAAGUUAACUGGGCGACGUCGCCGGGUAACCAACCAAAGCAGGAUACGAGCAGUAAGUACACCCAAUUUUCAGAUUUUCGUCUUCACACGAAAAAAAAAAUUUAACAUUGUGCCUUAAAUAUUUAACAUUUUACCUUUGAUCCUAUACUUGCUUGACUUGUGGGAUUUGCGCACUAAUUAGACAGAAUAGGGAAUUAUUCUACAAGAGAAUUUUUAAAGCCAUUUUUGAUCGCAGAUUGAAUUUUUGGAAAAUUAUAUAAAAUACAUAUUAUGCAAAUAUAUUAGGAAAUUUUCAUUAAAUAAUAAUACACUGACGGAAAUGAAAAUCCCAACACCAAAUAGGAGUUAUGCUGGGUGAAUGGAAAUUACACAGAAUGUUUAUAUCAACCCCUCAUCAAAUGCUCAAAAACAGAUUCGAUCCACAAACACAUUUCUAUGAUAACCUAAUAUUAUUUAUAACAUUAAUAAAGCAGUAAUAUCUAUACUAAUUUACUAAAUUUCUAAUAGAAAUUUACUACUACUCGAUUAAAAUCAAAUGAAGUAUUAUAGUUCAUUUAUUAUCUCAUUAGUUAUUACAUUGUUAUAUUAAUACAAUACACUUGUUCUCUUGAUUUUAUUAAAAUACACAUAUCUUUAUAAAAUAUAUGCAUUUAUUUUUUAUUCGUGAUAAUUAAUUUAUUAUUUCUAUAAUGUGUUUGUAACACAAUUUUAUAAUACAUACAUAAUUUUAUAAAUCAUUUAUUUAUCAAUACUACAAUGAUUUGCAACUGUAGGUCAAUGUUACAGAAUGCUUACUAAAAUUUAAAAGUACAAAUAUUAGUACUGUUGUAAUAGCUAUAUCAUAUUCUCAAAAAUAUUUUAAAUCCGUGUUUUUCUUAUUAUACUAUUAUUUCAAUUUUACUUUCUCGAUAAAUUACAUAACUCACAUAUUCAUCGACGAUUCACAUAUCAAUCUUGCGAGAAGAUAUUUAUUUUAUGUAUAAAAUGUUUUAUAAAAUCGUGCUUUUAUAAAAC